AAAGUCCACUGGAGGGCGCUAACACAAAGCACCAGGUGGUCUGAAAGCAGGAGGCCAUUCACCAACCUGUUUUAGCUACUGUUAGCCAACCGGCGGCUAAAAGCUAAGAUAUCGGUUUGUCUUGUAAUGUCGCCUGUCUUAUUAAGCGAUGGCAAGAGAACAUUGCUCACAGACCGAAGCUGAUCUGUAUUUCCUGAUUGCCAGAUUUCUAGAGUCUGGACCUUGUAAAAAAGCAGCAAAGAUCCUGAUUGAGGAGCUUGAGGAGUAUGAGUUGGUUCCUCAACGAUGGAGUUGGGACGGACAGAAAUACACACGGACCUUUCAGGACUGGGUGAUUCUGAACCAGCACAUUCCUGCAAACUACCUCUUGCGUGUUUGUCAGCGAAUAGGACCCCUCAUUGAGAAAGAGAUACCGACUUGUGUUCCCAAAGUGCAAACACUACUGGGCCUUGGAAGACAGUCCUUGCUUCGUACCAACAAAAGCUGUAGCCACAAAGUAUGCAGCGGCUCAGCUGUUGCUGCACUCCACCGAGGACGACCACCAGAACCACCUGUCAAAAGUGGAGAUGCUCCCAGUGUUGUGUCCAUUUUGGGUGCCCGCCAGGCCACCGGCACAGCUCGGUUUGGCCAGGUCUUCCCGUCUUCUUCAUACCAACACAUUAAAGUACACAAACGCAUUCUUGGUCAUCUAUCCUCAGUCUACUGUGUUGCAUUUGAUCGCACAGGACGUCGGAUAUUUACGGGUUCAGAUGACUGUCUGGUGAAAAUCUGGGCUACAGACGAUGGCCGGCUUCUGGCAACCCUCCGUGGCCAUUCAGCAGAGAUCUGUGAUAUGACUGUCAAUUAUGAGAAUACUCUCAUUGCAUCCGCCAGCUGUGACAAAGUAAUCAGAGUGUGGUGCCUGCGAACAUGUGCUCCAAUAACUGUUCUGCAGGCUCAUGCUGCCUCCAUCACAUCCAUACAGUUUUGUCCUGCUGUCAAAGGGACAACACGGUAUCUAGCCUCUACAGGUGCAGAUGGCAUGGUGUGUUUUUGGAAGUGGCACUCACUCAGCUUGAAGUUCAAUGAUCAACCUGUCAAGUUUGUUGAGAGGUCUCGUCCAGGAGUUCAGGUCUCUACUUCCUCAUUCAGCAGUGGUGGAAUGUUCAUGGCAACAGGUGGCACUGAUCACAUGAUCAGAGUGUAUUACCUUGGUGCUGACUCACCUACAAAGAUGUCUGAGAUGGAUGGCCAUACUGAUAAAGUGGUGGUUGUCCAGUUUAGCAAUAACAAUGACAGCCUCAGGUUUGUAAGUGGAAGUCGGGAUGGUACGGUCAAGAUUUGGCAAUACCAGCAGCAAGAGUGGAAGAAAAUGACUUUAGACAUGGCUGCCAAGCUGCCUGGGAGUACUGUUGUUACUGGGGAUGAUAAGACGAAGCUGGUGGUGACGAUGGUGGCUUGGGACCGUGCAGAUAGCACAGUGAUCACAGCAGUGUCAAACUAUCUGCUUAAAGUGUGGAGCACAGCGUCUGGACAGCUGUUGCAUGUUUUAUCUGGUCAUGACGAUGAGGUGUAUGUGCUGGAGGCUCAUCCGUUUGAUUCUCGCAUUAUGUUAUCUGCUGGCCAUGAUGGCAACAUUUACAUCUGGGAUCUGACUAAAGGAACUAAGAUCCGUAACUUUUUCAACAUGAUUGAAGGCCAAGGACACGGUGCUAUUUUUGAUUGUAAGUUCUCCGCCGAUGGCCAACAUUUUGCCUGCACUGACUCACAUGGCCAUUUGCUCAUCUUUGGCUUUGGCUGCAGCCAACCUUAUGAAAAGAUUCCUGACCAGAUGUUCUUUCACACGGAUUAUCGGCCUCUUAUUCGGGACUCAAAUAAUUACGUGUUGGACGAGCAGACUCAGCAGGUCCCUCACCUCAUGCCUCCACCCUUUCUAGUGGACGUUGAUGGAAAUCCUCACCCUCCUCACUUUCAGCGUCUGGUGCCAGGAAGGGAAAAUUGCAUAGAGGAUCAGUUGGUACCUCAGCUGGGAUACAUGGCUAACAAUGAUGGAGAGCUGGUUGAGCAGGUGAUCGGCCAGCAAACAUCUGAAAACAGAGAAAGCUUGUUGGACAAUCUCAUCAGACAGUUACAGAACGAGCAGGAUGGCCGGCAUAAUGUUGAGCCUGAAGCUGAAAAUGCAGGAGCUGGUGAUGCAGCAGAAGUGGUAAGCUCGCCGACUGCACAACAAAACAGAGGGCAGGUUGAUGGGGUGUAUCAAAUGCAGCACAACACACUUCAAAGUCAAGUUGCCACUGAGAGGGACCUGCUGGCCUGGAGCCGCCGCGUGGUGGUAAAUGACAUACCGCAAGGAAUAUUCAGGGUUUUGGAAGAGUGCAGACAAGCCAAGAGCAACAUGGAAUGUUUGCUGUACAACACGGAGAGAAGAAAAAAAACAGCGAUGUGUGGCCCUGAGAGUGGCACAGCUACCUCACAACUCAACUGCUCCCUUCGGCCAAGCAAAAAAAAACAGCAGCGUCACUCCUAUCAAACCCGCUCAGCUCAAGUCCGCCGUCCUGGGAGCCGAAGCCAACGUUCCAGCCAACGUUCCAGCCAACGACAAAACUCUGACAGUCAAAUAGAGUCUGGCAGUGAAGGAGAUGCGGAAGAACAGGCAGAGCAAAGUGAUGUGUCUGCAGAUGGUGAAGCUCGUUGGCAGAGCGAAAGCAGUUCUAGUGACUCCUCCAGUGAAUAUUCUGAUUGGACAGCGGACGCUGGAAUCAAUCUCCAGCCACCAAAGCGACAGAGCAGAAGGCCAGUACAGCGUCCAGGUUACAGCAGCUCCGAGGAGGAGGAAGGAGGCGAUGGUGAGGCGAAGAUGGAGAGAAAGAAAGAGAGGAAGAAAGAAAGUGAAAAAAAGAAGACAACCAGGGAUCGACAGAAACCCACAUCUUCUCUGGGUGGACUUAAGGCUGAAGAGUGGCUGCCUCCAUCAUGGAUAAUUGAGACUAUUCCACACCACUCUCCCUUUGUUCCACAAAUGGGGGAUGAGCUCAUCUACUUUAAACAAGGACACCAGGCCUAUGGCAAUGCUGUUCGCAGAGCCAAGGCAUACAGUAUCAACCCACAGAAACAGGCAUGGAACAGACUUAAUCUUAGGGACCAGGAGUCCGUAAAGGUGACAGGAAUUAAGUAUGAAGUGGGACCGCCCACCCUGUGCUGUCUCAAACUGACUUUCUUAGACCCAGUCUCUGGAAAAAUGACCAACGAGUCUUUCUCUUUAAAGUACCAUGACAUGCCUGAUGUCAUUGACUUUCUGGUGCUGCAGCAGUUUUAUAACGAGGCGAUGGAGCGCAACUGGCAGCCGGGUAUGAGGUUUCGCAGCAUCAUCGAUGAUGCCUGGUGGUUUGGCUCUGUGGAGAACCAGGAGCCUCUGCAGUCAGAUUAUCCAGACAGUCUCUUCCAGUGCUAUGAAGUCAAGUGGGAUAAUGGUGAGCGGGAAAAGAUGAGUCCCUGGGACAUGGAGCCUAUUCCUGAAGAAGCUGUGUUGCCAGAACAGAUUGGUGAUGGUGUGGAAGUGGCAGAGGAGGAGCUGCAGGCUCUGCUGUACAAGCCUCAGGAAGGAGAGUGGGGGGCUCACACACGGGACGAAGAAUGUGAGCGAGUGAUCCAAGGCAUUGAUCAGCUUCUUACAUUAGAUGUUGCAAAGGCUUUCAUACUACCUGUAAAUCUGCAAGACUACCCUCUCUACUGCACUGUUGUGGCUUACCCUACUGACCUCAGCACCAUCCGCAAACGUCUUGAGAACCGCUUCUACAGGCGGAUCUCUGCAUUAAUGUGGGAGGCACGAUACAUUGAACACAAUGCCCGCACUUUCAACGAACCCCAGAGUCCCAUUGUAGCAGCUGCCAAAGUGGUGACUGAUGUUCUUCUCCACUACAUUGGGGACCAGAGUUGUACAGACAUCCUGGAUCUAUAUCACCGCCUGCGGUGUGAGGUCAGCAGUGGAGAAGAAGCCGAGGCUGAGUUGGAUGUUGACUCGGACACUCCGGGGACAUCUACAGGAUAUCGGGGAUCCGGCUCUGCUUCAAAUCGUGGUGUACCUUUGAACGCAAAAGUGUGGAGAGGUCAAUGUCAACAAUUGCUGCGACAAAUGAUUGUCUCCCCAGACUCGGAGCCAUUCAGGCAGCCAGUGGAUCUCUUUGAGUAUCCGGACUAUCGUGACAUCAUUGACAUGCCGAUGGAUUUGGCCACAGUAUCUGAGACGCUUGUUGCAGGGAACUAUGAAAACCCAAUGGAGUUUGCCAAAGACGUUCGCCUUAUUUUCAGCAACUCAAAAGCAUACACACCAAACAAGAAGUCACAGAUCUAUACGAUGACCCUCAGCUUGUCGGGCUUUUUUGAAAAAAGCAUCAUCUCCAUCAUCUCUGACUUCAAGUCUGCGGUUCAGAAUGAGCGUCGCUCACUUCAAAGGCUCAGUUACAGGAAUAGACUCCACAAUGGAGGCAGCUCUCCUCCUGUCAGUCCUUCGUCAAGCUCUAAAGGGAAGCACAUUUCAGGGAAGUCAUCAAGACAAAAAACAUUGUCAAAGAGACAUAAUGAUGCUCAACAAACCAGCCUUGGUGAAUCAGAAGAGGAGAACUCCCCCUCUUCCCCAGAUUCAGGAACAAGCAGUGGGAACAGAAACCAAGGGUCGCAUUUGAUGUUCAGUCACACAGCUCCAGUUAGGAAACCAGAACGACGAAGUCAUUUGAGUAAUGGAUCCAGACGGGCCCCAGGUGGAGGCAAGCUGAGGUCAGACAAGAAAGAAGCAGCAGCAGCAGCACCUGGAUCCAACAGCCUUUCUUCAGAGUCAUCCUCCACCUCUUCUUCUUCGUCGUCGUCGUCGUCGUCAUCCUCUACAUCAUCAUCAGACAGCGAGAGCAGCUCAGAUUCAGAGGCAAAGAAGUAUUUGGAAGGAGGAGAUCAUGACUACAGUAAAGCUCCCUGUCUGUCCAAAAAUCUGUCUGCUAGAGGUAAGAUGCCUGUCUCAGGGAAACGAAGACACAAGGGAGAGGACAGUUCUGCACAGAAGCAGAAAAGAGCAAGAGUGCAGUCUUCUGCGGAUGAAGAGGAGGAAGAGGAGGAGGAUGAAGAAGAUAACGAAGUGCAGCAACAAUUAGCUGUAAAACAUGAGGAAGAAGAAGAGGAGGAUGAAGAAGAGGACGAGGAGGAGCCUGAGGACCAGCCUGGGGGGGAGCUUGAGAUGGAAGAAGAGGAACCCGAGGAGGAGGAUGAGAAGGCUGAGGAAGAUGAUGAAGAAGAUACGGAGGAAGAUGAGGAGGAAGAUGAGGCUGAGGAAGAAGAUAUCGCUGAAGGACAGAGUGUGGUGGCUCCAACACAAAGGUGUCUAAAGGGUAAACAGUGCAAAUCUCAGGGGGUCAAGACACGGAACCAGGGCCGCAGGACGGUAGUGUACGGAGCAGAGUCAGAGGACGAUGGCCAGGGGUCCAAGCAGGACCCUCUUAACCUGGGCAUGUCCCGCUCUGGACGAGUACGCCGUAUGACCGAGAAGGCUCGUGUCAGCCACCUCAUGGGCUGGGGUCACUGACGACCUGCCAAAUUCCAAACCUCAAAAUAAGAGUUAAUAUUUCAGGGAUUUUUUUAAUAGUUGUACGAGUCUGUCGAUUGCAUUAUAAAUACAGAUGUGUGUGUAUAUAAAUAAAUGUAUAUAUGUGCUGGGUUUUGAGACGGGACUCUGAAACUAAAAGCUGGUGCUUAUGACAUGUUGCCACGGAGUUUUUGUCUCUGGUGAACAGAGCUGCUGUAUAACACAGUGUCUGUGGCAACUGGACUAACUCACCUGGGCCUUACUGUUCACUGGAAGAGCCUUUACGAUGUAGCUCUGCUCCUCCUCCUCCUCCUCCUCAUCUUGUGUGUUUCACAUCCAGUGAUGAAAAACCUCUGCUCCUUCCCAUCCCUACGACCACUUCCUACUCCACAUUCCUAGUGAAUGUGAAGAAGCCAAAAGAAA